GUUACAGCAAUGCUUCUUCCAUCAUUCAAGGCUGCUGUUGCCUUCCAAUAUCCGCAGCAACUCCUGUCUAUUUCUAUAGAGGCGCGUUCGUGGCGAGGUGUGAAUUGCUUUUGCGAAGCGCCGUAAUGUCUCCUCCACGGAAGCUGAUCAUAGACACUGACCCAGGCGUUGACGACAUACUCUCCAUUGUACUCGCAUUGGCCUCAGAAGAGGUUGAAAUUGCCGCUCUGACCCUCACAUUCGGCAACACAACACUUGAUUACGCUCUUUCCAAUGUCCUCAGGCUCGGGGGCGUAUUGAAGGAGCAUCUAGAAUCAGAUGAGCGACCUAGGACUCAAGAGCUCCUACAAAGGUCGGUCGGACCUAGCGCUAGAAAGAUCCCGGUUUAUUCAGGAGCAACAGGCCCUCUUGCAGGCAAUGCUUUCACUGCGUCUUACUUUCAUGGGCGGGAUGGCCUUUCUUCCGUCUCUUUCCUGCCGGGAGACCCUUUCCCGGAGCCCAAGGAAGACUUUCAUCCUUUUCAGCCGGUUGAUCCUUCCUCCAAGGACGCAUGCGACGCGAUUCUAGACAUCUUAGCUGCAGAGCCGCCGGGUACAGUGUACAUAGCCGCCGUGGGACCUUUGACAAAUUUGGCUCUGGCAUGGCAGAAAGACCCGAAGACUUUUGCAAAGGUCGGCCAAAUAGCCGUCAUGGGGGGCGCUCUGGACCAUGCUGGAAACACAACCCCAACAUCAGAGUUCAAUUUCUUUGCGGAUCCAUAUGCAGCGGCCGUUCUUCUCGAAAUUCCACGGAUGCACCCAAGCUUGAAUGGUCAACCUUUGCCGAUUCACUUACUACCGUUAGACAUCACCCAUCAGCACUUGGUUCCUUUCAGCCAGCUCGUAAAGUCUCAGAGUACUUUGUCUUCAGCUUCACCUCUCUCGAGAUUUGUGUCCGCCUUCUUGAGCCAACCGCGCACCGUAAUGAACUCAUUCGCUCCUCCGGAUGCAUUCGACCCACAGCUGCACGACAACUUCAUCGCGCACGAUCCGCUUGCGGUGGCGUAUGCAAUAUUUGGUUCUAUGCCUGGUUGGCAAACGCAAGAGAGAGUAUUUAAAAUGGAGAUAGAUGGAUCCAUCACGCGAGGGAUGUGUGUCAUCGACCGACGGGGCUACCACAAGAGUAGCGCAGGAGAGAAUCAGGCAAUGAAAGACUUGAAGCAGAAUGGAUCCAUCAAGAAACCGCUGGUUGAGCAGGACGGGGACUCUUCACCUUUUCCCAUCAAGGUGGUGGUAGCCUCGCCAGGAAGCAAGUGGUUCGCAGACACAUUCCUUUCAAGAUUGACGCUGUAGCCUACAGAAUUAUGCAUUUCGCCAC